AUGCCAAACAAGCAACUAUUUUCUUUGCUUCUCAUUUGCAUCGCGGUGGCUACAGCAGCAUCUAUAGCUGCUGAGGAUGCAACUGUCGUGACGUGCAGCACGGUGUAUAGUAGCCUCGAACCAUGUCUUGGCUACGUAUUAGGUGGUGGAUUAAGCGUCCCAUCAGAAUGUUGCAGUGGGAUUAAAUCUCUCCACAGAGCUGCACGUACCACAGCUGACCGCCAGUGCUUUUGCAGAUGCCUUAAGAACGUUCGUUCAAACGCUACCGAAACUCGAAUCAGCCGUGCUUCUAAACUCACUGGAAUAUGUAAGGUCAAUGCCUUUUUCAAGAUUAGGCCUGAUUUUGAUUGCUCUAAGGUCAAAUAA